GGUCGAUUGGCAGUUUCAAGCUGGCCAUCGCUGCUGGAAUGCCUUCUUCAGUGAGCGCACCGGGCGUGUUUGCCAUCUUUUCGGCCAAGGUUGUGGCGAUCGGAAGUGCGAUUUCCGUGUCAACGCUGGCGGUUGGAGCCGACGGUGUCAUGCAAGAUACCGACGGCAACACGUUCAACGAUACUGCCGUGUUUGACUUUGGCGCGCUGAGCACCUUGGCAUUCCAGCCAUUGGAGGAUCGCGAGAUUAUUGUGCAAGUGCAGGCCAGCGUUCCAUCUGCGGCUACCGUUGGCAAUGUUGCGGGUAGCACGAUCGAGUCGCAGGCCACAGCGUUCUUUGGCCCGGACAGUUCGUCGCUGGUCAGCAUCAACUCGACCCUGCUUAGUCAUACCGUGGCGGAGCCGAACUUGCAAGUGACGUCGAUCAUUAGCCCCGAGGUGGCGUAUCCAGGCGAUGACCUUACCUUCACGGCGCUUGUCGCGCACACGGCAAUGUCCAGCACGACCGCCUUUGCGCUUGAACUGCUCGACCUUGUGCCGGUUGGCGGCAAUCUGACGCUCUACCCGGACUCGAUCGUGGUGACGACUUCUGCGUCAGUGCCAGUCCCUGCCACAGUUUCGCUGUCUGCUGACAACUCGACGUUCUCAGUCAUGUUGUCCGAGUUGCCCCUGUACGAGGCUGCCGGUUUGUCGACCAAGUCCACGUUCAACGUGACGUUUGUUGCCAAGCUUGUGCUGCCAGACGCUACGAUCAACUGGGUGCCUGCCGUCAACUAUAGCAGCUCGCCUCUGGACUUUAGUUCGCCGUCGAUCUUUGCCGGCCGCAACUACACUGCUUGGGAUGUCGCGUCGGCAUCGGACAACACGCCAAAGCUGAUUGGAUUCAACGCCUCGUUGCCCCUCAUCAGCUCUGCGUCUCCUGCCGUGUCUGGAUUUGUUGCCAACGCUGCGAGCCCCAUCGUGGCGGUUGGAGAUCAGGUCACGUUCAACCUGACUGCAAGUGUGCCGAGCGGGUCGAUUGGCAGUUUCAAGCUGGCCAUCGCUGCUGGAAUGCCUUCUUCAGUGAGCGCACCGGGCGUGUUUGCCAUCUUUUCGGCCAAGGUUGUGGCGAUCGGAAGUGCGAUUUCCGUGUCAACGCUGGCGGUUGGAGCCGACGGUGUCAUGCAAGAUACCGACGGCAACACGUUCAACGAUACUGCCGUGUUUGACUUUGGCGCGCUGAGCACCUUGGCAUUCCAGCCAUUGGAGGAUCGCGAGAUUAUUGUGCAAGUGCAGGCCAGCGUUCCAUCUGCGGCUACCGUUGGCAAUGUUGCGGGUAGCACGAUCGAGUCGCAGGCCACAGCGUUCUUUGGCCCGGACAGUUCGUCGCUGGUCAGCAUCAACUCGACCCUGCUUAGUCAUACCGUGGCGGAGCCGAACUUGCAAGUGACGUCGAUCAUUAGCCCCGAGGUGGCGUAUCCAGGCGAUGACCUUACCUUCACGGCGCUUGUCGCGCACACGGCAAUGUCCAGCACGACCGCCUUUGCGCUUGAACUGCUCGACCUUGUGCCGGUUGGCGGCAAUCUGACGCUCUACCCGGACUCGAUCGUGGUGACGACUUCUGCGUCAGUGCCAGUCCCUGCCACAGUUUCGCUGUCUGCUGACAACUCGACGUUCUCAGUCAUGUUGUCCGAGUUGCCCCUGUACGAGGCUGCCGGUUUGUCGACCAAGUCCACGUUCAACGUGACGUUUGUUGCCAAGCUUGUGCUGCCAGACGCUACGAUCAACUGGGUGCCUGCCGUCAACUAUAGCAGCUCGCCUCUGGACUUUAGUUCGCCGUCGAUCUUUGCCGGCCGCAACUACACUGCUUGGGAUGUCGCGUCGGUUGAUGCCGCAGCGCCACCCUCUUCAAUCGCCUCCACCCAACUUUCUUCUGCCGCAUCGGUUGCUUCUGCUGCUUCUGCCGCGUCCACGAAAGUUGCAUCGACUGCUUCGGUUGCUUCUGCUGCUUCAGUCGCGUCAACCAUUUCAGGUACGGUUGCUUCAGCUGCUUCAGUCGCGUCAACCAUCUCUGCUUCAGUUGCUUCCGCUGCUUCUGCCGCGUCCACGAAAGCUGCGUCAACUGCUUCGGUUGCUUCAGCUGCUUCAUCCGCGUCAACCAUUUCAGCUUCGGUUGCUUCAGCUGCUUCAGUCGCGUCAACCAUCUCUGCUUCAGUUGCUUCCGCUGCUUCUGCCGCGUCCACUAAAGUUGCAUCGACUGCUUCGGUUGCUUCUGCUGCUUCUGCCGCGUCCACGAAAGCUGCGUCAACUGCUUCGGUUGCUUCAGCUGCUUCAGCCGCGUCAACCAUCUCUGCUUCAGUUGCUUCCGCUGCUUCUGCCGCGUCCACGAAAGCUGCGUCGACUGCUUCGGUUGCUUCCGCUGCCUCAGCCGCAUCAACCAUUUCUGCAUCGGUCGCUUCUGCUGCAUCCGUCGCGUCGAAGCAAGCUGCUUCUGCUGCUUCGACUAUCGCAGCUUCCGCUGCAUCAACCAUCUCGGCAUCAGUCGCGUCGGCUGCUUCCAAACAAGCUGCUUCGGCCGCUUCGACUGUCGCAGCAUCAGUCGCGUCGGCCUCAUCAGCCGCGUCGAAGCAUGCAUCUUUGUCUGCCUCGGCUGCUUCGGUUGCCUCGACCAUCUCAACAUCUAUCGCGUCCACGCGAGCUGCUUCGGCCUCCUCCACGCCUGUUGCGUCGGCCACCAGUGUUCCAGGCCGAUCUGCGACCUUGAUUUCUGCCAUCCCCAACGUGGUCCCCUCUUCCAUUGACGGACAUGUCCUGCUUCCCGUCUCUUUCACCUACACUGGCUCCAAUCUCCUCGCUGACGGAUGCUGCACCAUUCUGGUGACUUAUGCCAACCGUGGUUUCCCCGACAUGCCGGCCUGGACUUCUGGUAGCAUUGAUGCAACCAACAACGAAUUCGAGAUUCACAAUCUUAUUGUCACCCCCGACGGAUCUGGCACCAGUGGUACCGUGACUGCUACUCUGUCUAUGACCGUUGACGAGAAGGCCAACAAUUUCACGUAUGUGGUGUCACUCGCCAGCUCGACCGGCGCAACCUUGCUCGUGUCUUCGGCUAUCUUCUACGCUGACGUCCCCGCGUAUACGCUGCUGCAGCCCGCCGAAUUCAACAUUCUGACCAUGACCAAAGCCAACGGCGUACAAAUUUUCGACGCUCAAGGUUUCCGCGAAUUGCGUCGCCGCGCCCUCGCUGCGACUGUGCUCACCACCUUGAACUACAUGUCUCAAGUCCUGUCUGCCAACGGCGACGUUGUCAUUGGUACUACUACCACCUACGACUCGCGAACGGCCUUUGACCACCGCUUUGGCGGCGUCUUUGUCACUUUGACUGGCGCCAGCAUCUGCAGCCAGAGCGAGCUUGAUGCCGUGGUUGCUCUUCUCGACGCUCACUUGAACGCGUUUGCCCCGUACCCUGUCAAGUUGUACGUCAUUUCGGACUUCUUUGGAAGCACAUUCACCGCUGGCUCGCAAACCCUGCUGGUUGUUGCCCGUGAUGUCAACGGUGCUACCGCCAACGACUUCCUGCUCAGCGCUGACGUCGCCACCUACCUGAACAACGCCCUGACCGGCUCGACUGCUUCCGACCUUCUGACCCAUGGCAUCUCCGCUCUGACUGCCACCUCCGCCCAAGGCCGUGGUUUGAUCCUCACGAACGAGGGCUUCUUCUUGGCUGGCAACGGCGCCACUUUGACCGCUGUUCGCUCGGCCGGCCCCAAGCUCAACGAUGCCACUAUUGAUUCGUCCAGCUGCAACAUUGUUUGGCAAGCCAGCGUUUCGGGUAGCAACACUGACAACAUUAACGGAGUCGCGACCACCUUCCGUCAAACCUGCACCAACCGUCAGCUGAUCUACCGAUCACUGUCAAGCGCAUUUAUGCUCGUCACCAGCCCGGGCCUCCUUGAUACCCGCACCCUUGCCUUCAGUCUGGUUGGCCCCGUCGUGCUUGCUGACAGCGAGUACCACAUCGGCUCUGGUUUUGCCGAGAACGUCGAUAUGGAUGAAACCUGGUCUGCCGAGCGUUGCGCCGAGUACCAGCCCUGGGCUACCAUUGGUCUUCAGUCCGUGCGUGCUUGUUCAGAAGCUGCCGUCUCGCCCACCUACCGCAAGCUCGUUUUCGAUCUUGCUGGCGAGUUUGCCCUCAAGGAGCUCUACGUCACCCUGCCCCACUACCCGCUCCCGUAUCCCGUGGCCGAGUCGCUUGCUACUCAGCCCCGUCACAGUGAUGCCAGCUCGUCGCUCAAGUCCCGUCUUGAGCUGUGGGUUGCCUCCGCCUCUGGUGCUUGGGUCGAUGUCACUGACUCUAUCAGCGACGACUUUGCCGCUGCUUGCACUGGCCUGGGUAAGCGUGACCGACCAUGCAAGAUCACCUUUGAGGUGCUCAGCUAUCUGCGCGACUCCCAACUUGGCAACGCUGGCAUUCGCUACGUUUCCCUUGUCUUUGACGGCAUUGAGGAUUCCACUCGUCGUCUCCCCGCUGCUCUUCGCGUUUUUGAAAUCACCGAAGUUGUUGCCCUCGGCACCUGCCUCUGCAACGGCCACUCGGCAUCCUGCGACAUUGCUGAUGGCCGCUGCGAUGCUUGCGAACACAUGACCAGCGGUCACUAUUGCGGCGUCUGCAGCAACACUGCCUUCACCAACAAGCGCAACUCUCCCGACUUUGCCGUCAACUCGUGCUCUUACGACUCUGCCGCCAUGAUCGAUGGCGUUUUUGCUUGCGACGGUCCCCCGCUUGCCGAGAUUGACCCUUCCGAAAUCGAGUCGCUUUUCUACGAUCAUGGCACUUUUUCGGGCUUGAUUGUCCCUGGCGUGCCCGUUCGCGACCUUUCGCGGGCGGUCUUCCAAAAGUUCUUUGCAAACGGUGGCCCGUGCGACCCUUGCACCUGCUUUGGACACUCUAACGCUGAGGUGACGAACAAUUUCGCAAUCCGUGUCUGCGACGCCGAUUCUGGUGUGUGCGAUUGCGCGGCCAGCCACAAUGUGCACGGUGACCACUGCGAGACCUGUGACGCUACUUACUGCCGUGACAUUCCUGCCUGCUCCCCCGCUGCGUACGCUUACGAGCAGUGCCACAUCGCUGGCUGCUUUGCUCGCUGCGAUUGCAAUGGCCACUCCACUUUGCCCCAAGUUGGCGGCUUUGACCAAUGCGAAGGCGAUGGCUGCGGUUGCUCGUGCAACGCUGCUGAUGGUGUGACUGGCGCUCACUGCGAGAGCUGUCUUCCCAACUACUUUUCGAGCACUGGUAACGGUGUCGAUGGCGAGACAUGCGAGCCCUGCUUCUGCAACGGCCACAAGGGCUCCCCCGACACUUGCGACGUUACCGGCGGCAACUGCGACCAGGUUGGCGACCCCUGCCAAGACAACACCACUGGCCACAACUGCGAGCUCUGCCUCGAAGGUUUCUUCCGCCCCUUCCGUCCUGAUGGCACCAUCGAUCUGUCUGAUGGUUGCAUCGCAUGCGACUGCAACGGUCACGGCGUUGGUCCCGGUCUUUGCAACCCUGAUGGCGGUGUCUGCUCGUGCAAUCCCUCCUCCAACUCUGAAGGUGACCAGUGUCAGUCUUGCAUUGUUGGUUUCUGGAGUGCCACUGGUACCGCUGAAGACGGCGUGAGCUGCACGGCCUGCCAGUGCAACACCCACAAGGACUAUGUUGACAACGAGUGUAACGCGCUUGGCGGCGACUGCAUGACUGAUUUCGACGGCAACCCGCAACCUUGCGCUGACCAAACCAACGGCACUCACUGCGAGCACUGCAACCCCACAUUCUACCGCCCGUGCUUGACCCCGAUUGUCAGUGGCGUCUGCGGCGGUGUUGACCUGACCUACGGUUGCCAAGCUUGCAACUGCAACCACCAUGCUGCUAUCGUCGUUGGUGGUGGUGAGACUUGCAACGAAGUUGGUGGCAUUUGCGACUGCGCGCCGUCUUCCCACACCACCGGCAACCGUUGCGAGCGCUGCGAGGAAAACUACCAAAAUCCCUUCGGCACUGGUGUCUACGGCUCUUGCUUCCCUUGUAAUUGCUGGACUCACUCUGAAACUUGCAGUGCCAUCGGUACUUGCACCAACUGCCGCGACAACACCACCGGUGUCAGCUGCGGCGACUGCUUCACCAACUACAAGCGCAACACCAUCUACCCCGAUUACGACACUCCCGAGGGCAACAAGCGCAACCGCGAGCAAGGCUGCCAGGCUUGCAACUGCCACGGCCAUGCUUAUCCCAGCAGCACCACCACCGGCUUUGGCAUCUGCAACCCCAACACUGGUCUUUGCCGCAGCUGCGGCAACCACACUCUCAACGGUCCUCUUGGUGAGUGCGACACCUGCGUUCCCGGUUACUUCCGUCAGCUGACGAGCGCCGGCUUUGCUGCUGCCGAUGAUGUCUGCGGCGCUUGCAACUUUGUCAAUGGAAAGUGCUCUGAGGACACCCUUGAAGACAUUUGCCGCCCCUGCUCUGAGCAGUGCUUUGGCUCCAACACCAUGUGCGGUGCGAACACUGGUGUUUGCUCCCAAUGUGGCCUUUCGAACGCUGAGAGCCACCGUUGCGCGUCCUGCCAGAAUGGCUUCUUUGGCAACCCCUCCGAAGGCAUUCCCUGCACCCCUUGCAAGUGCUACCAUUCCGCGCCUAGCAAGUUUGACCUGCUGACCGAAACCGAGAUUGGCACCUUCCAGCAAUGUCUCUUUGACAACAGCAUUGGCGGCGUCAGUGGCGGCGCCCAGUCCUGCAUUCUCGACCACAGUGUCAACGCGAUCGACGCUGCUGCUGAUCCCCAGAGCGCCAUUCUGUGCAGCUGCCCCCGUUCCAUUCCCGGCGGCUUCUUCAACAUUAUUUCGUCGGGCGUCGUGUACGAGGGCCGCACUUGCGACUCGUGCAACCAGGAUGCCUACUUUGGCCAGCCCACGCAAUGCCUCACCCCUGGUGCUGGCGGCAGCGGUCUUGGCGACUGCUUGUCCUUCGACACUUGCAACGAGUGUAUUUGCAACGGCAACAUUGACGAAUCGAGCAUGAUGGACAACUGCGACUACUCUGCGGGCAACCCCAGCAACCUGAUCUGCAAGGCCUGCCUCGGUCAUUCGACCGGUCCCAACUGCGAGGUCUGCGAGGUUGGCUACUAUGGCGACCCGACUCGUCUUGACACUCCCGGCACCAUCGGCACUGGUUUUAUUCUCGACGGCUCUGGCGAGUCGCUCAAGUGCUUCCAGUGCGACUGCAAUGGCCACUCGAUUGCCCGUGUCGUCCCUGGCACGGAGGGUGACGUCCACAACGAUACCUGCACCACGGUUGCCCCUGGCUUUGUUGGCAAUUACACUUGCGACUGCGACUCUGCCAACGGCUACACUGGCCCGACCUGCCGCGAAUGUCUGCUUGGCUACGAGCAAAUCGCCCUCGGCGGCAACCUCUUCCGCUGCGAUCCUUGCGACAACUGCACCCGCGACGCCGCUGACAUCAUCUACGGUCUUAUCGACGAGUACGCGGCUCUGGACACUUUCGAGUCCGAGAUUGCCGCCUCGGUUGCUGCCGUCGCUGUUGCCAUCAACGACCUGAAGGCCAUCCUCGGCAUUGCCCGUCGCGACGCGUCCGCUGCCAACAUUGUCGCUGCUCUUCCUCUUGUUGGCUCUACUGCCGACUGUCUGACUUCCCAGCGUGAGCAGCUCUCUGCCCUUCUCGCCAACUUUGAAGCGUCUGCUGACAACAAGAUGGUCCGUGUUCGCAUCCAAUCGUUGCUCAAGCGCGUCGAAGACUCCAAGCUUGCCUCGUUCACCUCCCAGUCCGAGUCCUUCCAGCGCCUUGCCGCUGCUGCCGACCUGCUCUCGACUCUGAUUGCCAAGCUUCCUCAGCAACGCGAGCGCCUUGCCUCGCUCGAGUCUGCUCUUGCACAGGCUGAGGCCGCCUUCCUUCACGAGCAGGACUGGAUUGACACCAAUCUCGACGUCAUUUCGGCUGGCCUCGCCACCGCCGAUCGCAUGACGCAGAGUGCUGCUGGCCUCCGUGCCGCGGCUGCUGCUGCUUUCGACCGUUCCGUCGCUCCUCUUGCGCUUGUCUUGAGCCAGGCUGAGGCUGUUCUUCGUGACGACACUGCUGACGCGCUCCAGUCGGUGCUUGCUCAAGCUCUUGCUGACAUCCAAGGCCGCCUGACUCGUCUCGAGUCUGUCAUGUCGAACGUCCGCACCCGCACUGCCACUGCGAACGCCGCCUCGACCACCGAGCGUCUUGCCCAGCACCAGUCGACCAUCUCUGCUCUCGGUGCCCGCCUUGCUUUGAUUGAAGGCCAGGUUGGUCUUGAUGGUGCCAUCGAGCAGGCUCACGCUUCGCUCCUUCUCGUUCUCCAGGCUGCUGAUAUUGGCACUGGCGAGUUUGUCACCAUGGUUGACGCCACCGAGACUGAGCUUCGCAACAAGCUGGCAGCUCUUGACCCUACUCAGGCACCUCACGUGAGCGAGCUUAUUGCCGAGCUGGAGAGCAGCAUUGCUGCCCAUCGCGAUGCCGUCGCCGAGUCGUCCAAGCGCAUCCUCACCCAAGUCUCUGCUGAGGCCAGCAUUGCUGCCACCGCUGCCUCGGAAUCUCUGAUCUCGAGCGGCGCCAACGAGGUUGCCCGUGUUGUUGCCGUCCAGACCUUCCUCUCAAAGAUUAACACCAUCUCCAACGGUGCUGUCGCUCAGUUCACUGAGGCCUUUGCUGGUGAGCGCGUCCUUGCUAUCAUGCGCGAGCUUGUUUCCAGCCGCCGCCGUCGCACUGUUGAGCUGCUGACUCCUCUUGAGCGCGAGACCUUCGCCGCUUUCGGUGAAGCCUGGUCUGCCGCCAAGUACGAGACAAUGCAGUCGUGCGCCUCGGUCCUCGAUCAGUACACUGAACGCCUGCAGGCCUCGAUUGCUGCCUUCACCAAGUCGCUCACUCGUGUUCAGCUGAACACUACUCAGGUGGCUCUAGACAUGACUGAGCGCGAUUCGAUGAAGAACUGGCUGUCUGGCGUUGCCCAGGAGCUCAAGAUGGCGCGCACCGACUCUCUCGCUGCCCUCGAUCGUAAGAUCUCUGCCCGUGCUGGCCAGCUUGCCGCGUCGCUUGACGAGGUUGUUCUCGAGUUGAGCGUCUCGGUCGGCUCUGUUCGCAACCUUGCUGUUGCCGAGCUCAUGCAAGCCUCCUCCAAGGUCGCUGAUCUUCCUGCCAUCGUUGCUGCCACUGUCGCCGACCUCACCCAGCAGCUUGCCAACCUUGUUGGUGAGAUUGACCUCUCGGCCUCCCAGAUUCAGCAAAACGAGCAGCAAGAGCUCGAGCGCUUUGUCGGCCGAUUUGGCUCGGAUAUGGCCAUCAUCCGUACCAAGAUUUCUGCCAUCAACGAGCUUGUCAACAGUCUUGAGGACGCGCUCAACGAGCAAGCAGAUGCACUUGACGUCUCUGCCACCUCGGCUCGCGCCACUCUUCGCGAGACUGCCGCUCUCCAGGUCAACCUUCAGGCCUUUUUGACCAUCCCUGCCUCCGCCGAGCUUGUCAAGGAAGCUCCGGCUUCGCCGUCCGCAACUCUGGUUGAUCAGUUGCGCAACACUGCUCUUCCUCAAUGCCAGCUCUAAGUGGCAAUCACCAGCCUUGUCGACAGCUCCUUGUCGCAAAGGCUGACUUUGUGUGUUCGUGUUUACGUUCUUUUUUGUGUGUUUUGUUUCAUUUGACUGUUUUGCGCAGUUGUGAUCUGAUAAUGUUGCAUGUUGCAUGUUUGCUGUUUGUUUCCGAUGGAUUCGUCCACACGUCGUCGUGUUUGUUGCGCUCAUCUUUCUUUACCACGUCUACUUGACGUGUGAUACUCGUUGUUGUUUCUUUCUUGUGUUUGCUUGUUUUUCAUGGCUUGCUGCAUGAAAAUUUUGUGUUUGGAUUUUUGUUUGUUUGUUUGUCAUUAUUUUUGUUUGCUUGGUUGUCAUAAUGACAUUACAACUCUUUGUCGUGAAAA